AUGGCGGAGAACGCGAGCGCGAUCCCAACUGCUGGAGGGUUGUACUAUUGGACAUAUCAUUAUGCUCCAAAGGGCUACAAAGAGGUUAUUUCAUUUGUUAUCGGUUGUUCAAACUCCUUAGCACUGGCAGCCGGUGUUUGCUCAAUUGAUUAUGGUUUCGCUGAAGAAGUGUUAGCUGCUGUUGUUAUUAGCAAAGACGGCAAUUUUGAGGUAACUAACGGUAAGACUUAUGGUAUUUUUGCUGCAGCUGUCGUAUCGAUGGCUUUCUUGACGUGCAUGGCUUCUGGGGCUAUUGCACGUUUGCAAACGUUCAGCAUUAUUUGUAACCUUUUCAUCAUCGUUUUGCUAUUCAUUGCGUUACCUAUAGGAUCAAAAGUCAACAGAGGUGGCUUUAAUGAUGGCAAGUUUAUUUUUGGUACAUUUGAAAAUCUUAGUGAUUGGAAUAAUGGUUGGCAAUUCUGUUUGGCGGGAUUUAUGCCUGCCGUUUGGACUAUUGGUUCUUUCGAUUCGUGUGUUCAUCAAUCUGAAGAAGCAAAGGAUGCUAAGAAAUCGGUGCCAAUAGGUAUCAUUGGCUCCAUCACCGUUUGUUGGAUUCUAGGAUGGUUGAUUAUCAUUGUUCUCGCCGCUUGUAUGAAUCCAGAUUUAGAAACUCUACUUGAUACUAAUUAUGAAAUCGUCAUGGCUCAAAUUAUUUACGACGCAUUAGGAAAGAGGUGGGCUGUUGCGUUUAUGGCAUUGAUUGCUUUCUGUCAAUAUUUAAUGGGUGCUUCUAUCGUUACUGCAAUUUCAAGACAGGUUUGGGCCUUUGCAAGAGAUGAUGGGUUGCCAUUUUCCAAAUAUAUCAAAAUUGUCAAUAAAAAAUACUCUGUUCCAUUUGUUGCUAUAUUCGCGGCAUGUGCAGCUUCAUUGGCAUUGGGUUUACUAUGUUUGGAUGGUCCCGCAGCAUCUGCUCUUUUUAGUUUGGCAGUUGCUGGUAAUAAUUUAGCUUGGUCAACCCCAACUUUCCUAAGAUUGACUUGCGGUAGAGACGUAUUCAGACCAGGUCCAUUCUAUUUGGGAAAAUUUUGGUCGCCAGUUAUAGCCUGGAUUGGAGUUAUCUAUCAAGUCUUUAUUAUUAUCUUGGUUAUGUUUCCCUCAAUGCAGCAUGGAUUAGAACCUGCAACCAUGAAUUAUGCUUGUGUAAUUGGUCCCGGUAUUUGGUUGUUAUCUUGGGUCUAUUACAUGUGUUACAAGAAGAAAUACUAUCAUGGUCCAAAAUCCAAUUUGUCAGACGAAGAUUAUUCACAAGCUGUUGGUGAAGAUGUGAUUGAUGAGAUUUUGCUACACAAGAGUCCAUGA